AUGUCCGUAUCUGAGUAUACUGACAAGUUUGAGGAGCUUUUCAGGUUCUCCCGUAUGUGUAAGGGGACUCCGGGAGGCUAUGAGGAAUGGAAGUGCGUUAAGUUUGAAGGAGGGCUCCGAAGCGAUAUGUUCAGCUCAGUGGGACCCAUGGAGAUUAGAACCUUCUCCGAGUUGGUGAACAAGUGUAGAGUUGCUGAAGAGUGUGUGAAGAAGGCAGCCACUGAGAGGGGAAGUCACAAGGUAUCAUUUCCACAUAAUCGAGGGAAGAAUUUUGCACCUAUAGGUCCGCCUUUCAAGUGGGGAGCUUCUUUCAAGAGAGCCAACAACAACAACAACUCCCAAGGGAGGCGAUUUGGAAAGCAACCUCAGAAUGAGCAAGCAUGUGUUGAGUGCGUAAGUCACCAUCCAAGAACCCCGUGCAAGGCCGGAUGGGGCUUGUGCUACAAUUGUGGAAAGGCAGGGCAUAAAGCCGCUAACUGUCCAGAGAAGCAGAAGCAAGGUGCAGGAAAAGCACAGCAGACUGGUCGGGUGUUCACCACCUCAGCUAUAGGCGCUGAUGGAUCUGAGACACUUAUCCGAGCAACACAUUCAUUUAUUAUAUUCGAUAAGGCUAGUGAGCUAGGCUUGAAGAUUGUAGUUUUAGGUUAUGACCUAAAGGUAUACAAUGCCACCCAUGAAGCCAUGGUAACUAGGCUAGGAUGCCCGCAAGUUUCAUUUAGAUUCAUGCAGCGUGACUUUGUCCAUAAUUUAAUCUGUUUGUCGAUGAUCGGUCUUGAUCUUAUCUUGGGACUAGACUGGUUAUCUGAGAACCAUGUCCUACUCGACUGUUCUUCAAAAUUGGUGAUUUUUAUGCCUGAAGAUACAGAAGUACCGAUUGUAUUGAAUAGUUACUACCUGAAUUCAAUGAUGGUGAAUUGUUCGGGAACCAAAUGUCAGGGUAUCUUGUUGUUGACCGCGGGUGUUUUGGGUGAUGAUCAAAGGUUGGAGUAA